AUGCGCUCUGUUGUUGAAGAGAAUAUAGCACUCCGACUCAUCAAACAACAUGCUGAUGUCGAAGAACCGGAGAGCAGUCCAAUAUCUCUCGAAGAGACCACAGGGAUUACAGGAAGAGUCUACUUCGACGAGGCGGGCUACGUCAGUGGCGGUUCCAAAGACUCUGAUCCUUACGUUAGAAACAGAUUCAACCAAAUCGCGUCUGACAAUUUAUCAAGUAAUAGGGUCGUGCCGGACACGAGAAAUGCGAUGUGCAAGCUUAAGAAAUAUGACGAGGACCUCCCAGAAACCAGCGUCAUCAUUACGUUCCACAAUGAAGCCAGGUCUACGUUACUACGAACUAUCGUCAGUGUUUUAAAUAGAAGUCCGGAGCACCUCAUCAAAGAAAUUAUUCUAGUGGACGACUUCAGUGAUAACCCGGAAGAUGGCGCUGCUCUUCGCGCUAUUCGCAAGGUGAAGGUGAUAAGGAAUUCAAAACGUGAAGGCUUGAUGAGGUCCAGGGUGAGAGGCGCGGACGCUGCCACAGCGCCAGUACUGACCUUCUUGGACUCGCAUGUUGAAUGCAAUACCCAUUGGUUGGAGCCACUGCUACAGAGAAUUAAAGAGGAUCCAACUCGAGUCGUAUGUCCAGUCAUUGACGUGAUCAGCAUGGACACUUUCCAGUAUAUCGGAGCGUCGGCGGACUUGCGCGGCGGAUUCGAUUGGAACCUAGUAUUCAAGUGGGAGUAUUUAUCGCACGCUGAGCGAAGUGCACGCCUGAGCGAUCCUACGCAAGUUAUAAGAACACCCAUGAUCGCUGGUGGAUUGUUUAGUAUGGACAGAACGUACUUCAACACGCUUGGGAAGUAUGACAUGAAGAUGGACGUUUGGGGAGGAGAAAAUCUAGAAAUUUCCUUUAGGGUCUGGCAAUGCGGUGGAUCCCUCGAAAUAGUUCCGUGUUCGAGGGUAGGCCAUGUCUUCCGCAAGCGACAUCCUUACACAUUCCCUGGAGGAUCCGGGGCUGUGUUUGCCAGAAACACCAGGAGAGCUGCCGAAGUAUGGAUGGACGAUUACAAGGAACUCUACUACCGAUCACAGCCGUUAGCUAAACAAGUGGAUUUUGGAGACAUAUCAGAGCGAGUUGCCCUUAGACACAAGCUUCAUUGCAAGCCGUUCCGUUGGUAUCUGGAGCAUGUGUAUCCUGAACUGCAAGUGCCGACUGUGACCCAAGUCUCCCAUGUCAUCAGACAAGGAGCCAAGUGUUUGGAUACUAUGGGUCACCUGGUUGACGGGACAAUAGGUAUGUACCCCUGUCAUUACACGGGCGGUAAUCAAGAAUGGCGCUUUGAAAACGGUCAAAUCAAACACCACCGUCUGUGUGUUGCCCUGUCUCCCAAAGACCACGUCACGGCAAUACUGGCAGGGUGCGACCCAGCAGACGACGCGCAACUGUGGACAAGACAAGGACUUCUAAUCAGACAUACCAAGUUCAGCGCAUGUCUAAAUGCAAACCAACCAGCCAUUUACAUAGAUCAGUGUGACGACGACAAUCCAAGUCAGCAAUUUACUGUUUGA